GACUGGGCGCGCGGUGCUGGAGGCUGCUGCACCUGCGGUGAGCCGAUCCGCCGGCGCCCGACGCGCGCGCUCUCGCGAGACCCGCGGGGUCACGUGACGCCCGGGCGCGGCGCAGCUCACGUGACAGGCGCUGCCGGCCGCUGGGUCUUCUUCGUGCCGGCGUCGCAGUGGCCGGGCCUCUUGCGUCUGGGAACGCCGCCGUCUCUCACGCCAGCCCUUGGCUCCCGCGCCCCGCCGCCGCCCCCGCGCCCGGCAGUCCGCUGCCCAACCGUCGCCCGCGCCCCCGCUCCCCGCACUGUACCCGGCCGCCUCGCGCCAUGGCGGCCCCCGGCAGCGCCCGGCGGUCCCUACUGCUGCUGCUGCUGCUGCUGCUCGGCCUCAUGCAGUGUGCAUCAGCAGCAAUGUUUAUGGUGAAAAAUGGCAACGGGACCGCUUGCAUAAUGGCCAACUUCUCUGCUGCCUUCUCAGUGAACUACGACACCAAGAGUGGCCCUAAGAACAUAACCUUUGACCUGCCAUCAGAUGCCAAAGUAGUGCUCAACAGCAGCUCCUGUGGAAAAGAGAACACUUCCAACCCCAGUCUCGUGAUUGCUUUUGGAAGAGGACAGACACUAACCCUCAAUUUCACAAGAAACGCAACACGUUACAGCGUCCAGCUCAUGAGUUUUGUUUAUAACUUGUCAGACACACACCUUUUCCCCGGUGCAAGCUCCAAAGAAAUCAAGACUGUGGAAUCUAUAACUGACAUCAGGGCAGAUAUAGAUAAAAAAUACAGAUGUGUUAGUGGCACCCAGGUCCACAUGAACAACGUGACCGUAACGCUCCAUGAUGCCACCAUCCAGGCGUACCUUUCCAACAGCAACUUCAGCAGGGAAGGUAGGACACUGACCCUUGGCCCUCUGGUGCUACUGGGUGGGUAGUUGGGCUGCAGUGAC